CGGAUUCUUUCUUCUUUUUUCGCUACAAGUAUUUUGGAAACGGAAGUAAACAAAGUUGCAUUUUGGCUGACUGUCAAAAUUAAGAAUGGGAGGCUCGCAAAGCGUUUUUACAGAACAGGAGCUUACUGAUUAUCAGGAGCUGACAUACUUCACAAAGAAAGAAAUCUUACAUGUGUUCAAGAGGUUUCAACAGCUGAAUCCAGAUGCAGUGACAAAAGACAAAAAUGCAAAGCUGGGAAAAGAUGAAAUUUUGGAAUUACCCGAAUUAAAGGUGAAUCCAUUCAGAGACAGGAUCUGUCAGGUAUUUUCCUCCAGUAAAGAUGGCAACAUGACAUUCGAAGAUUUCCUUGACAUGAUGUCCGUCUUCAGCGACAAUGCACCUAAGAAUGUGAAAGUGGAGUAUGCCUUCAGAAUAUAUGACUUUGAUGAAGAUGACAUGAUAUCGAGCAAGGACUUGAAGGAAGUGGUGGACAAGCUAACAGGGGAACAACAAUUACCAGAGGAAGACAUGCAGCAGCUUAUUGAUAAUAUUUUUGAGGAGGCUGAUUUGGAUGACGAUGACUCUCUGUCUUUUGCUGAAUUUGAACACGUCAUUUCAAAAGCCCCGGACUUUGUCAACUCAUUCAGGAUCCGACUUUAAAACUUUCUAGAUAUCUCUGCUGACAAUCCAUGGAAAUCCAUCGGCUGACGAGUUUCCAAUCUGUCCAUCUGUGAUAUAACAUUCUACAAGAUUGUGAGACUGACCCCUUGAAACCUAAGAAAAUAUGGGCUGAGCUCUGAGAAAACUUGAUGCGUUUUUAUGGAAUUUUAAAUUGACAGGCUCUUUCAAAUAAAAAUCCAGUUCAUGAGGAAAGUGUGGUUCUUCAUUAGCCUGUGUCUACUGCUAAAUUUUUUUGGGGGCAACUGUAUGCACAUGCAUUAAGCCUGAUUGCCCAGAGCACAGUUUACAUUGUAUAUUCAUAAAAAAAUAAUCAUCUAUUACGUUCAGCUAAGUUGUACUUAUAUUGGGCACUGUUUUUGCUUGCAUAACUAGUGAAAACAGUGGUUUAUGCAAUAUGCAUGUUUUAUUGUGUAUAGAUUUGUUUUUGUUUUAUCCUUUACCUUUAAGUAAACUUUAAAAAAACUUUUUUAUUUUUGUUUCCAUUAACAAAUGAAUGUUUUCCAUAUAACUUAAACUCUGGGAGUUCUGUUUUAUUUCAAAGCUGUCUGAGAACAUUUUAUUUUUGUUUUAUUUGAGUUUUAAAAGUUGCUGGAAAACUUUCAUGCUCAUUUCCAUUUACAUAUUAGAUGUUUUCUAUUGUUUAAUUUGUGUUCAUCAUUCUGUCAUUAACCAUUGUCCGGAUUCAACAAUGGAGCCACGUUCUAGGAAAACGGGUCUUAAUGUAUAUGAGUAGUUGUCCAAGAUCAGUCUGUGCAGAAUCAGGGAAGACAUUUUCCGCCUUCACUGUAUUUGUGUCAGUCUGUGCAGAAUCAGGGAAGACAUUUUCCGCCUACACUGUAUUUGUGUCAGUCUGUGCAGAAUCAGGGAAGACAUUUUCCGCCUACACUGUAUUUGUGUAAAGAAGAUACUUCCUUUAGUAAAAAGCUCCAUAAACACGGAAAGUGUCAUCCCUGAUAAGCGUGUGCAGACUGCACAGGCUUAAUUUGAGAUGACGAUUUAAGCUCAUGCAAUUGCAUUAAUCCCAGUUUUCGUUAAAACAUAGCUCAGUUACAAGUUUAGUAUGUUGUAUUUCUCCAUCAUUAAAAAGGCUGUCAAAUUGUGGCCUAGACCAAUGAACAAUUUGUUUGUUCUUGCAAUUAACAUAGUGAGCGAAAAUAGGUUUGAAAAUAAAUAUAAUUGUGCCUUCAGUUGUCAAUUACCGGUAUGGAAUGCAUGUUUUUAUAUUUGUUCUUAGCAAUUACUGAUUCAUAAUAAACUAACGAUAUAAUUUAUUUUAUUUUUUUCAAAAUCAUGUUUACACUACAUUAUCAAGUUCUUAAUGUAUUGAUAAAUAUUUGUAUUCAAGUAAAAAACAAAUGUUAUUGUUGACAUUCCAUUCUUAUUUUUCAAUGUAUUUGUAUCAUAGCUCCUACUCUUAAACCAUUAUGCAUGAAGUACCAUUAAGAUGAAUACAAUCAUUUUCAUUUUGGUAUUGGAUUAAAGAACAUCCCACAAACACAAGUGCUGAGGAUUAAAGGAGUAUAUUUCUGCGUGAAAUUUAUUAUAGUGAAGUUCCAAAAAGGAAGGUCAAUUUAUGAUAGUAAAGUUCCAAAAAGGAAGGUCAAUGUUUGGCAAUCUAUGACUGUGUUUUUUAUGCAUUCACUGUUUUAUUUGAAGAUUUGUGUUCGCGUAUACUAUAGUGUUUAUACUUAACAGUAUUGCAUUCUAUUGCACAUGACUUCUGAAUUAAUUAUACUUUAUACUGCUUAAUAUUCUGAUUAUGCAAACAGAUAACAUAUGCACUGUCAAUUAUAUUUCAUGUUGUUUUCAUGUUUACAUUACUAGUGUUUGUCAGAACUUUCAUUUAAAUUCUUUUACUUUUUAUAUUGAUAAAGAUUCUAUAAAA